AUGGUAGUUAAAGUAGAAUUACUUGGAGGGUUGGACAUGCUCUUUAAGAAGCAAAAGGAGCUCUCUCUGGAGCUUGCAGAACUAGGGGAAGACAAGACACUAAAGUCCUUGAUCCAUUUCAUGGCUGAGAAAAUCGAAAGCCCUACUCAAAAAGAACUUUUUUAUCUGGAUGGCACGGUUCGUCCUGGUAUUAUCGUCUUGGUGAAUGAUCAAGACUGGGAACUUCUCGAUAAAGAGGAGUAUCUUCUUGAAGACAAGGAUCAGGUUGUUUUUGUGUCUACUUUACAUGGAGGUUAG